AUGACUUAUACUAUGAUGGCUGCAACUGUCUUGAGACAGCUGAUAAAGCGUCCUGUGUCUACAGGUGUUCUUGAUAUUGGGAUAUCUGGCGAAUGGGUUGAGCCACAAGCCAUUGAUUCCUUGUCUAAAGUGAAUGUAGAUUUACUCGGGCCAUUUAUUCACACACUCGAAGAAUUGGAAACGCUCGGAUACCCACUUGGGCCAUUUGAUCAACCAGAUAGCAAACCAGUCAUAGAAGCAAAAGAUGAAUCAGCUAUUAGUCAUGAGAAACAUCAGACUAUAGACAAGACUGUGGCAACCGACAAUUUAGUAGUAGAUGCAGAACCAUUGCUCAAAAGCAAUAGUGCUUGUAAAUUAGUCAAGUAUGAUUGCGAUCGAUGUGGCAAUCCUUUCGUUCUCAAAUAUCCUUUGGAAGAAUAUGACAAAACAGCGUGCAUGUAUCAUUAUGGCCGAUGGCGAAUGGUUUUUGUAGAUGCCAAAAAAGAACGAUUGAUAUCAUGUUGCUCCACUCCAGUAGGAACUCCAGGAUGCACAAUGGGACCACACGUAUUCAAGGAAGAAUCAAAUGCACAGUUGAAUGAGCGAAUCCCGUUUAUUGAAUUGCCUUCAAAUACCUUGAAUGCUCUACCAGUUGUUGCACUUGACUGUGAAAUGUCGUAUACAACAGGUGGUAUGGAGCUAACCAGAGUAACUGUAGUAGAUUGGAAUGGCAAUCGAGUGUUUGAUGAGCUGUGUAUACCUUGCAAUCCAAUUCUCGAUCUGAAUACACGAUGGUCGGGUAUAACUUCGUUGGAUAGUGCAAAGUAUAAUUUGAAAGACAUUCAACAGCAGCUAGGAAAGCUGAUUAGCACAAGCACAAUCAUUAUUGGUCAUGGCUUGGAGAAUGAUCUGCGUGCACUUCGAAUUAAGCACACACAAGUCAUUGAUACUGUAAAAGUGUUUCCUCAUCCAAACGGACUUCCAUACCGUCAAGCGCUGCGAACAUUGGCAUCCAAAAUACUUGGUCGGUUUGUACAAACAGGAGAAAACGGACAUGACUCUAUGGAGGAUGCAAUGACAUGCAUCGAUCUUCUCAAAACCAAACUGAAAUAA